UCUGGACCCAGGGGGGAAAGAGCUGGGUGGGGUCGAACACGGCAUAGAAUGACGGCCAUCCAAGGCAGUACUGAGAGGCUUUAUAAACAGGGAUACUGUAUACGGUAGAUUAUUCCCGAACCGUAAGCAGGUAGUUAGUUGACGUAUGGCUGUAGCUGUCCCUUUGUGUUCACACAUUGCAUUUAAGUUCUCUCGUUCAAGGUAGAAACUCAUUUAUUCCGUGCAUCCUCGUAAAAGAUAGAGAGGGGAGAGACCUUGUUAGCGGACAGCACUCAUCUUCUUUUAACCAACACCUUUCUUUGCUCGACGCAAUGUUUAAUCAAUGUCAAUUAUGCAAGAAGUGACGCUAAUACUAUGUAUUCUUAUUGCAUGGUAUCUCUCUAAAACAGAUGACGUCCUUUUUUCACGCGCAUGUGCGUCACUUGCUCUUUUUUCCCCACAUCGCACUAGUAAAUAUCAAAACGAAUCAGUUGGUACUGUACAUCUUUUAUAGUAUUGAAGUGUUUUCUUUUGACACUUCAUGGCAAUCACUGGAUUGUGCGAGGGUUGGCGAUUUUGGUGUUUCCAUUACUGGCAGCAUUUGUGUAGUAAUUAGUCUACACGCGGUGAAUACCUUCAGUUUUGACAUGCGACAUUGCAGCAACUUCUCUCAUUUUAGACAGUCGCUUGUACCUUAUAAAAAAAUCCAUGGUCUCAGGCCUGCGGUAUAAAUUUUAGUUACAGCCGUCGUCCGCUCUUUGUAACCCCACCUUUUCCAAUACUAUGAACUUGCAUCAUGUUCUUGAAUCUCACUAAGCUAAUCUAGAGCUAAUAUGCCGGUGACUGUUACAAAAACCGGGACCACUGUAUCAGCUACUUGAUCGCGCAUUACUGGACUCAGCGCAAUAUCCACCAUAUACAUGUGAUCAAACCACAGAAAUGCAUCUUUGUGCGGUCUCUCAGUGUGCAAAACUAGAUAUAACCUCGCAAUUAUAUACGAAGCAGAAUAUUGGUCCUCACAUCAUUCUGAUGCG